AUGUUUUCUCCAGAGGAACAACAAAUUGAAAUAUGUUUACUGAAAUCUAAUCUAGAAAAAAUUGAAGAUGAUAUAGUUGUACAAAAUUCUGCACUGCCGAAUUUAGAUGCGGAAAAUGAACAAAAGUAUCGCGACACAAUGACUGCGUUGCGAAUAGCACGCUCUUUAAAUGCCGAAAGAGAAAGGCUUAAUCAAGAAAAUGUGAAAUUAACAGCGCGGCGUAUGCAGCUAAAGAGGCAAUGUGAGGCCAUAACUAAAGAGCUGGAAGUAGCGAGAGGAAAGCGCAGCGGUCUCGUUGAUUUAUUGAAACGCGAAGAACAAGAAAUGGAAUUGCAAAUUUGUAACUAUGAAGACUCGUUACGUGCUAAGGCACAUCGAUUCAGAACGUCUUGUAAUUACUACAAUGAAUUAGAAAUAGAGAAUGAGAUGAAGAAAGUGAAUGCGACCAUUGCGGAAUUGCAAAAUGAAAUGAAAAAUCGUCAGUGCGUCGUCGAAGAAUUAAAAAAUCAGUUAGAUGCCCUGCAUCCUGACGUACCAGAAAAUCUACUAGAAAUAAUAGGAAAAACGGAGUUAGAAGAAGAGCUAAAUAAUGUUAUAAAAAAACUGGAAGUCCUAACUGAACAACGAAUGCAGUUACUCAAUUCCCAUAAUACAGAUGCAGUUGUGAAUCAAUAG